GACAUCCAUUAGAGAGAUUGAAUUCUGGAAGAGAGAGAACCCCAGGGGAGAUUUGUCCUGGGACAUGAAGGAGGAUAGACACAUGAAAGCUGAGUAGCAGCAAUGAGUCACAUGGCAGAAGUUAGAUGACAAUAAUGGGAUAUUAAGUUUUGAGGUAGUCAGAGAACUACCCAAAAUUUAUGGCCAAGGUGUUUGUAAAUAUAAUAAAGCAUCAAGUCAUUAUUUCUGGGAACAGGGGCACAGCAUACAGUAAACAACCCACAACAGGUUACUAUCCCCUUUCCCAGUGUUAUGGGUCUAGGUUUGUUCAGAGAUUCACUGGUCAGAUCACGAGCAUAUUUUAACAAAGAAGAGGCUUUAUUUAGAUAUCGGCACCAGCACUACACUUGUGCUUGGGAUUCUCAAGAUGAAGGUAGCCCUGAGCCAUGAGUUUAUAAAGGUAAAAAUCAUAUGGUUACAUUCUGGCUAUCUGUUAGCACAUAUCUUACUAUGUGCAAGAAUCCUGUGUGUGUAAGCAGGAGCUCAAUUUAUUGAACAGAUGUCCUGCAACUUUGGUUAUCUUGAGCAAUCAAAGCUGGUUUACAGAAAUGGACAACAUGGUUAGCAUUGUGGCCUGUUACAAGAACAAUAAUUUCUGUUAAACUGUAUAAGAACAAGAAAUUGCAGGAAUAGUUAACAUUCCAGGAAGUUAUUUGUUUUUGAGCAAGCUGGCUGACAUAGCUUCUUCAGGCUAGACGUAUUUUUUUUUUUCAAAUUCCUUAUGCACAGUAAUUAGACUUUAAACAUAAUGUAAGCCAUCACAUUCCUCCUUGAGUUGUAUCCUGAGUCAAACUCUUGACUCUGUAGUGGGUACCUGUUCAUAUUGGGAUCUAAUAUAACUGGUUACGGCAGUAAUUAGUAGAAGUAGAAGGGUUAUGGGAACUGCUGUGACUAACAGUAUACUUAUUCAGGAGAAUCCCGAAAAUGAGAAGCAGAAUCAUUCUUUUUUCCUCCCUCUUUGUUUUGGGUCCUUUCUCUUUCUGCAAUUUUUUUUGGAGUGUAUCCAAAUUACCUCUAAUGAUUCAUGAGUAGCUUGCAUAGAAAUGACAAUUUUCUUUUAAAGCCAUAUAAUAACCUUGUUCUGCAGUUGGUUGAGCCCCCUGCCAUACUGUAAAACCACUUCAGCUAAUGAUUCCUCUUGUUCUUCCAUUGUUAAUAGAUUUUCUAAUAUGGAUAGACCCUGGUCUAUUUGAAGUCAUAGGUUUUUGAGUUAAUGUCUGGCCUAUGCAAUUCUACAAUUCUAAGCUUAUUAGGAGAGGUAUGAGGAGGGGUGCUGCAUAUUUCUUUUGAGUAGGAAGGCUGAAAGGGUUUGUAAAUAUAAGUGCUGUCUUCCUCCUGGAUCUUCAUAAAUGUACAUCCAAGGAGACAAGAAUACUAAGAUGCAAAGCUUCAUAGUUUUAUGCAUAUGCUGUAUAGAUAAGUAAGAAAGCAACCAGUUAGCACAUGCAAGUCAAACAGUUUCUGCUGGUCAUAUCUAAUGUCAGUACAUACAUUUAUGGUAUUUACAUUUCUUUCUUCAAUUUGAGAGCCUCAGCGAGUACAACUAGUUCAUCUUUUGCACCACAGUCCCUAGGGGAAGGGCUUUUCCCCAGAGGACAUGUUCUAUAGCCACACGGUCACAGUUCCACAGCUGUUUCAGUAUACCUUAUGUCUUCCUCGAUAAAACUUCUGCCAUCUGAGAACAUUAUAAAGUCUGGCUGCAUCCAUGGGUAUGUCAGAUCCCACUUCAAUCCUUCCCAUGUGGUGGUAAUCUCAAGGCAGUCAUGUUGGAUGCUAGUGUCACUGGUCUCCAGUAGCAACGUGGCUGGACUUAUGGCAGCUGUCUGAGGAAACUUCUCUCAGCUGAUCUGAGAACAAGGCUUGAUAAUGGGUUGUACUGGAGUUAGUGAUCCAUAUAUCUGGGGUGGGGGGAGCUUCAACCAAGUAUAGGGUCACUCUUAACAGAUCUUGCCCCAGAAUCAAUUUAUCUGCUUCCUUUGUCAAGAGGGCUGUGGCUGCUAUAGCACUUCAGCCUGCUGCCACAGGAUCCAAUUUCUUGAGAGGUAGACAACAGGUUGCUGCCAUGGCCCAAGUCUUUGUGUUAGGACCCCCCUGGGAAAUGACUUUCAUCUCAUCCAUAAACAAAUGGAAUGGCUUGGUAAUGUCAGAUAAGGCUAAUGCCAGAGCUGAGGCCAGGGCCUGCUUCCACUCAUGCAAAGCAUGUUUCUCUGUUGGGGACCAAAGUCUUGUUCAGUACCCUGGGUAGCCAGGUAUAGGAACUUGGCCAGCUUAGCAAAUCUGGUCAUCCAAAGUCAACAAUAUCUGCAGCCCCGACACAUUCCCAGAGCUGUCUUUUUGUCUUGGGGGUUGGGAAUCUGGGUAAUCUUCCUCAUAAGAGAGGAAAUGUAGUCUCUUACCUUCCCACAGUUCAUAGCUCAGGAAAAGAAUUGUGCUUCUUUGCAGAGAUUCAGUAUCCCUGAUGUUGUAGUAUCUCCAAUUGUUGGUCUGUGACAUGGAGAUAAUCUUCCUCUGCUUCAGUUGUCAGCAGAAGACCAUCCACAUAUUACACUCUCAGCAGUGAAUGCCUGCAAAUAUCUGUGGAGUGCCUCAUCAAAAAAGGUUGGAGUUUUUGAAACCCUGAUGCAGCCCAGCACAGGUUAAUUGGGCACUGGUCCCUUUGUCUAUGUGCACCCAUUCAAAACUGAGUAUCAACUAACUUAACCUGGUCAGAAGAAUACUGAAGAAAGCAUCUUUUAGAUCUAGUAUAGUAUAAACCUGCUUCUCCAGAGUGGCUAAACUCAGGAGUGUAUGGAUUUGGAACCAUUGGGUGAAUGUCCUAUACAGUUCUGUUCACAGCCCAGAGAUCCUGUACUGGCCAAUAAUUGCCUGUUCCCAGCUGUUUUUACAGGCAAUAAUUUUUUUUUUUAAGAUUUAUUUAUUUUGUGUCGAUGAGCACACUGUUGAUGUCUUCAGAUACACCAGAAGAGGGCAUGAGAUCCCAUUACAGAUGGUUAUGAACCACCAUGUGGUUGCUGGGAAUUGAACUAAAGACCUCUGGAAGAGUAGUCAGAGCUCUUUAACCACUGAGCCAUCUCUCCAGCCCGGCAGUAAUGUCCAAAGGGAGUGGCAAGGGACUAACAUGUUGGCUUCAAGUAGCUUAUCAAUUUAAACUUUAGUUCCCUGUUUUGCCUCCAAUGUCAUAGGGUGUCCCUUUACCUUAAUGGGAGUAAUGUUGCUUUUUAGUUCAACUAUGACUGGGGGUUGGGGGCUGCAAGCUCCUGUGUGUUUGUCUCUGCCCAAACAGAAGGAAAUUUCUGUUGUAGGUCUUCUAGAAGACCGAUUUCUUCUCCAAAGGAGGGGUGUUUAAUAAUAAUAUAUGGGGCUUUUUAAGUCAAACCUAUUUCUGUCCUUAGUUUGUGAAGUAGGUAAUGACUUCCCAGCAGAUGAUAUGGGCAUUUUAGGCAUGAGCAGGAAAACAUGGGUCACAGUCCCCUUCUCCAAGUACAUAGUUCUAGUGGUCCAGGAGCAGAUCUGUGACUCAUUAGGUCCUAGGGUCACAGACUGUUUCUUACUCAGUGUGCCAUCUGUCUGAUUUAGAACUAAGUAAGUGACCCCAUAUUCACAGGGAAGUUGACAGGAACCUCCCACCUUUAGAGUAAUUCUGGGCUAGGGUGGUGGCUGAACUCAGACCCCAUCAGUCUGUAUCUACCUGGAGCACUGAUGCAAUCUCUUGUGUUUUGGUUUGGGUAUUCACUUUUCCCAUGGCUAGUCCCUUCAGAGUAGGCAAAUUGAUCUUUUGUUGGGCAUUUGUCUCUCUAGUGACCACUCAUUACAGCGGGCACAUUAAACUCUUCUCAAGGGGUCCUUUACUUGACAUCUGUAUUUCUUGGUUUCUUUCCUUCUUUUAUAAGUCCUGUACGUGGAGGUCUCUCUUCCUGGAAGAUUACCACCAUAAUCUUAGCUAAUUUCCUGGUCUGCUUAUCCUUUUCUUGUUCACUUGGGAGGCAAUUUUAACUUCAAAUCCUUCUAUUCCUUGAAUCUUGGAACAUCUGAUGUUGACUGAAAAAACAACAAAGAAGACCUAUGUUAAUAGCCUUCUGAUUUUCUGGAUCCUCUGGUUGAUUGGAGUGUGAAUCUGAUAAGCUUCCUGACGGCAGUCCAGAAGAGCAGAUGGGACUGAUUCAUUUGGGCCCUGGAUUUCCUGACUUAUCUUAUUUAAACAAAUUUGUAGGGUGCUCAUCGGCAGCCCGGAUACUACCCAAGAGUCUGCAGAAAGAGGUUAAGAGACUCCCUAUCUUGUUCUGGAUUCCAAUCUGGUUGCCUAAAAGGAAAAUAAACUUUCUCAAUCAAUGCAGGGUCACUGACUGGUCUCAUGUGUUCACCCAAGACAAGCUUCUGCACUUCCUUUCCUGUAGGACCCUUUCCUUCUUUGGUGGUGAAGAGGGCAUGAAGUAGCCACUGACAGUCCGCCUAAAUUGGCCAACAUGUAUAGAACACCAUUUCUAGCAGAGGGAUUAAACUGUGGGGCUUCUCUGAGAGAGGUUCUACAGUUUCUAGUCAUACAGAUCAGUAGUGGAGAACAGAACAUAAAUUAUCACAGAUUGAGGGAGUUUUCUGCCUUUCCUAUCCUGGAAGGGCCUCCCUCAAGGUGAGAGUGGCAAGAGAUGGGGCCUCUGGGGAGGAUCAUGAAAGGGAGGCAAGGCUAUCCUGCUGCUGGCAGCCCAAGGGAGGCCUGCUGUGCUUUUAAAAGAAGAGCAGGUGGGAAGGAGGCCUCCAAAAGGGAGUCAGGAGAGGACUGGGUGUCAGAUUGAGAAACAGGAGAAUGAACAGAUGUUUGGGGUUGAUCUGCCUCAGGUGUGAGCUGGACUCGGGAGUGGCUCUGGUGACAUAUAUCUUUGCCUGGCUGGUGUUACAGGUGUAUAGGAUGGCAGCACAACUUCCUUGACAGGGCUGCUAGAACCAGAGGCCUAGGCUUGUCCUGCCCCUUAGUUUCACUUACAUUUUUUUUUUUUUUUUAAAUCUGGGAUUGGGACUCCUCCACCAGGGACCUCCAGGCCAGAAUGUGGGAUGCUGGUCCAGGUGCCCUACUUUAUUAAAGACUACAUGUUGCCCUCUGUGUAUAAGAGAAAGGUUGAAGGCGCCUUCAGCUGGCCAGCCCACCUGAAAUGAAGACCAAUCAAGGGUACAAAAAGGUAGCUAAUUUUCCUGUAUAGAUCUGUUCUCUGGACUCCUGAGCUUUUCUCUGGAGACCCUUAAAAGGAGAUUUUAGCAGGUUCAUGGGGUUUUCUGGGCAGAAGAAUUUUGAUCCAUGGUUUUAAUUUUCUCAAGAACAAUAAACAGCACAAGCAAUGUACACAAUACAAAAAAGGAAAGUUCUACAAUCUGGUAGACUCAGAGAAUCUGAACCUAACAGAGAGGACAGCAUCCUAGCAGCCCCAUUGACUCACAAGUUGACACUGCAUUUAGCUUUUCCACAAGUCCCUAGGAUUACUAGCUACAGAGAAACCUUACCCGAGGUGUUCAAUGCCUCUUUCUUUUGCACAGUCUUUUUGCAAAUUGGGAGCCCACCCAGGAAUCCUCAAUUCCCAGGCCUUUCUGACUACUCCCUCAGCUCCCAGGUCAUUAGGUAUAGUCAGUAUCCUAAGCCUCACCUUGUGCAGUUUAGUCAUCUAGAACCUGCCAGAGGCCUCCCAAGCCUGGGGGAGAAACAAUUAUUACAGAACAACCUCGAAUGUACAUCACAGAGAGUUUUAAGUGACAAAUAACACAGAAAACUCACAUCCUAGUUGGCAGUUGCAGGAAGAAGCAAGCAAGUAGUUAAACAGAAGCCAAGGACACGAAGUUAGCUGGGGUAUUUCAACUCCUUGCUUUUAGAACAUGGUUAGGUGCUUUCCCAUGGAAGGGUGUGUGUGUGUGUGUGUGUGUGUGUGUGUGUGUGUGUGUGUGUGUGUGUGAGAGAGAGAGAGAGAGAGAGAGAGAGUGAGAGAGAGAGAGAGAGAGUGUUUUAGCUUAAAACAAAGAUGGCUCCAGCCGAACUAAGAUGAAGAGACCUUUGCCCUGUCACAAAGGAAUAACCUCAAACUUCUCUAGUUAAUCCAAAACCCAGCCUCCUCCCAUGCUUUACUGUGGCUCUAGCUGCAAUUAGAAGCAGGAAAGCGGGUAAACUGGGACUGGAAAAGCAGAGGUUAGCCCAACAUGGUUAAGUAGGCCUCGGUUUCUCGGGUUCACACUGGCUUGGAGCUUAGUGGUCGAAUCAGCCUUUCCAGCCAAGAGGAGGAUUGGGCUCAGGGUCGACGCACUAAGAGCGCUCCAAACUUCCAUCAUAAGCUGGAGCUCGGCUGAAGGUAACACUGGAGCCUGUUCCUCCAGCCCGGGGUGGGGUCACCUCCAGGAGGGACUCAUGAGGUGUCCACUCAGCUUCUCCAUCAGGAUGCAGCCCUCUAAAUUCCUGAGCAGGGUCCGGCGCCCAGAGGUCCAAGCGCUGGGCGGAAGAAGCUGAAGAAUCAGCUUCCUGCCGCCUGUCUGUCACGCCUGACCCGCUUCCGAUUGGUCAAACCCUCAAGCCGGGCCCACCUCCUGCCCCGCCCUCCUGCGGAUGGACAGGCCGAGGAGGCGGGGCUGCAGCGACUCCGCCCCUCGGCCACGGCGGGCGGGCCCGCCCAGCUGUCAGUUACGGGGGCGGCCCGGCAGGCGGGCGCUCGCUGGCUACCUCCUCGCUGGCUCGUGCUCGCAGCCUCUCGCCGCCUGUGGGGAAGUCGGGGCCGCCAAAGCCGCGUCCACCGCCGCCUCUUCCCCGCCCUCCUCCCGGCUCGGCUGCCGGCCCUCGCGCCCUCCAGUCGUGAGUAACCCGCAUUGGGUGCGGAGAGUCCCCGCGGCGGCGGCGGCGGCGGCGGCGGCGGCUGGACAAACCAUGUUUCGGAGGAUCUUGCAGAGGACUCCUGGGAGAGUUGGCUCUCAAGGUUCUGAUUUAGAUUCAUCAGCAACUCCUAUAAAUACGGUGGAUGUCAAUAAUGAAAGUUCUUCAGAGGGUUUUAUAUGUCCCCAGUGUAUGAAAUCUCUUGGCUCAGCUGAUGAACUUUUCAAACACUAUCAGGCAGUUCAUGAUGCCGGUAAUGACUCGGGGCAUGGUGGAGAGGCCAGUCUUGCUUUGACACGAGAUGACAUAGCACUACUCAGGCAAGAGGUCCAAGACCUGCAGGCCUCACUUAAGGAGGCUAAAUCUGAUGGAUUGGUGACUGAUUCAUCAGCAGAGCUACAGUCUUUAGAGCAACAAUUAGAAGAAGCCCAAACUGAGAAUUUUAAUAUUAAGCAAAUGAAAGAUCUGUUUGAACAGAAAGCAGCUCAACUUGCUACUGAAAUUGCAGAUAUAAAGUCAAAAUAUGAUGAAGAAAAGGGUCUCCGAGCAGCUGCGGAACAAAAAGCGACACAUUUGACAGAAGAAUUAAGUAAACAGACGACUGUAAUUCAAGACCUGAAAACUGAGCUGCUUCAGAGACCUGGUAUAGAAGAUGUCGCUGUACUAAAGAAAGAACUGGUCCAAGUUCAAACUCUAAUGGAUAACAUGACUUUGGAGCGUGAGAGAGAAUCUGAAAAACUCAAGGAUGAAUGUAAAAAGUUACAGUCAGAACACGCUAACUCGGAGGCUACCAUAAACCAGCUAAGGAGUGAACUUGCCAAAGGCCCCCAAGAAGUUGCAGUAUAUGUGCAGGAAAUACAAAAACUUAAAGGUUCAGUUAAUGAAUUAACACAAAAAAGCCAGACCUUGAUGGAGAAAUUGCAGAAGAAAGACCUGGAUUACACCCACUUAGAGGAGAAGCAUAACGAAGAGGCACUGAGUAGAAAGAAUACCCAGGCAGCCCUCCACCAAAGGGACCUGGAUUGCCAGCAGCUUCAGGCAAGGCUAACUGCAUCCGAAGGCUCGCUACAGAGGAUCCAAGGAGAGCUCAGGGAAAAGGGAGAGGCUGCUCAGAAGCUCAAAGAAGAACUGCGGGAAGUAGAGACCAAGCACCAGCAUCUUAAAGUGGAGUUCAAGCAGCUGCAGCAGCAGCGGGAAGAGAAGGAGCAGCAUGGGCUGCAGCUGCAAGGGGAAGUCAGUCAGUUACAUAGCAAACUUCUGGAGACUGAGCGCCAACUAGGGGAAGCUCACGGUAGGCUGAAGGAGCAGAGGCAACUUUCAAGUGAGAAGCUGAUGGAUAAGGAACAGCAAGUGGCUGACUUACAGCUCAAGCUCUCUCGUCUGGAAGAGCAGUUGAAGGAAAAGGUAACAAAUUCCACUGAAUUGCAACAUCAAUUAGAAAAAUCAAAGCAACAGCACCAAGAACAGCAAGCCCUUCAGCAAAGCACUACAGCCAAACUCCGAGAAGCUCAGAAUGAUUUAGAACAAGUGUUACGUCAGAUUGGAGAUAAGGACCAAAAGAUCCAGAACCUUGAAGCCUUACUACAGAAGAGUAAAGAAAAUAUUUCCUUACUAGAAAAGGAAAGAGAAGACCUUUAUGCAAAAAUCCAAGCCGGUGAAGGAGAGACUGCUGUCCUUAACCAGUUGCAAGAGAAAAACCAUGCACUACAGCAGCAACUAACUCAACUGAUGGAGAAGCUGAAGAAUCAGUCGGAAAGCCAUAAACAAGCUGAGGAGAACUUGCAUGACCAGGUACAGGAGCAGAAGGCACAUCUUCGAGCUGCACAAGACCGUGUUCUUUCUCUAGAAACCAGUGUCAGUGAACUAAGCAGUCAGUUAAAUGAAAGCAAGGAGAAGGUUUCCCAGCUUGACAUACAGAUUAAAGCCAAAACUGAAUUAUUGCUAUCAGCAGAAGCAGCAAAAACUGCUCAAAGAGCUGAUCUUCAAAAUCAUUUGGACACAGCUCAAAAUGCACUACAAGAUAAACAACAGGAGUUAAAUAAGGUCAGUGCACAGCUGGAUCAGGUCACUGCAAAGUUUCAGGAGAAGCAGGAGCAUUGCACUCAGCUGGAAAGCCAUCUCAAGGAUUACAAGGAGAAGCACCUCUCUCUAGAACAAAAAGCGGAAGACUUAGAAGGCCAGAUUAAGAAACUAGAAGCCAAUAAUCUUGAAGUUAAAGCAAGCAGGGAGCAAGCUGUGCAGAGCCUACAGCAGCAGAGGCAGCUGAGCACAGACCUAGAGCUCAGGAAUGCAGAGCUCAGGAAGCAGCUUCAAGAGCAGAAGGAAGUAGUAUCUCAUACAAAAUUGGAUCUACAGAAUAAAUCUGAAGCCCUUGAAAAUAUUAAACAAACCCUCACUAAGAAAGAAGAAGAAAAAGUUGUCUUGAAACAGGAAUUUGAAAAGUUAAGUCAAGAUUCAGAGGCGCAGCACAAGGAGCUGAGUGACAGGAUGCAAGCUGCGAUCACAGAGCUGAUGGUGAUGACAGCACAGAAGGACGCUCUCCUGGCUGAGCUCUCCACAACAAAAGGGAAACUGUCAAAAGUUUCAGAUUCUUUACAAACCUCCAGGAGCGAAUUUGAGAAAGAGAGUCAGAAAGGAAAGGCUGCUGUACUAGACUUGGAAAAAGCUUGUAAAGAAUUAAAGCAUCAGCUUCAACAACAAACAGAAAGUGCACUGAAGGAGCAGAGUGAACUGAAAAAGUCACUGGAGAAGGAGAGAGAGACUUCUCAACAGUUGAUGAUAGAACUCAAUUCAGUCAAGGGAGAAGUCACACAGGCUCAAAAUACAUUAAAGCAGAAGGAGAAAGAAGAGCAGCAGCUUCAGGGGAACAUAAAUCAGCUGAAGCAAGCAACUGAGCAAAAGAAAAAGCAAAUGGAAGCUCUUCAAGGAGAGCUUAAAAACGUUACUUCACAAAAGGCCCAGCUGGAGAGUAAACUGCAGCAGCAGGCGGCACAGGCAGCCCAGGAACUUGCUGUGGAGAAAGGAAAGCUGUCAGCACUGCAGAGCACCUAUGACAAGUGCCAGGCCGACCUGCAACAGCUGCAGUCUGACCUCUAUGGCAAAGAGUCUGAACUUCUAGCCACAAGGCAAGACCUUAAGUGUGUAGAAGAGAAGCUUGCUCUGGCACAAGAAGACCUGAUUUCAAACAGAAAUCAAAUUGGAAACCAAAAUAAAUCAAUUCAAGAACUGCAGGCUGCCAAAGCUGCUUUGGAGCAGGACUUAGCAAAGAAGGAGGAGGUGCUCAAGGAGCAGAGUAAAGCACUGCAGGAUGCGCAGAGAGAAAAGUCAGUGAAGGAAAAAGAACUAGUAACUGAAAAGUCUAAAUUGGCAGAGAUGGAGGAAAUUAAAUGUAGACAAGAAAAAGAAAUCGCUAAACUCAAAGAAGAACUCAAGUCCCACAAACAAGAAAGCAUAAAGGAAGUAACAAAUCUCAAGGAUGCCAAACAACUUUUGAUUCAACAGAAAUUAGAACUCCAAGGCAAAGUGGACUCACUGAAGGCAGCUCUUGAGCAGGAGAAGGAGCGUCAGCAGCUAAUGCGGGAGCAGAUGAGGAAGGAAGAAGAGAAGCGGAAGGAAGAAUUUUCUGAGAAGGAAGCAAAACUGCAUUCUGAAAUAAAAGAAAAGGAAGCAGGAGUGAAGAAACAUGAAGAAAAUGAGGCUAAGCUUACCAUGCAGGUCACAACAUUAAAUGAAAACUUGGGCACUGUGAAGAAGGAGUGGCAGUCUAGUCAACGGAGAGUUAGUGAGCUUGAGAAGCAGACGGAUGACUUACGGGGUGAAAUCGCUGUCUUAGAAGCAACUGUUCAGAAUAAUCAGGAUGAAAGAAGAGCACUGCUAGAGAGAUGUCUUAAAGGAGAAGGUGAAAUAGAAAAGCUUCAGACCAAAGUCCUAGAGUUGCAAAGAAAGCUGGAUAACACAACUGCAGCUGUGCAGGAGCUGGGCAGAGAAAACCAGUCCCUACAGAUCAAACACACACAAGCCCUGAACAGAAAGUGGGCAGAAGACAACGAGGUACAGAACUGCAUGUCCUGUGGGAAGUGCUUCUCAGUCACCGUGCGGCGGCACCACUGCCGACAGUGUGGAAAUAUCUUCUGUGCUGAGUGUUCAGCCAAAAACGCCUUAACUCCUUCUUCGAAGAAGCCUGUUCGUGUCUGUGAUGCAUGUUUCAAUGAUUUGCAAGGAUAACGGGUUAUCACAAGUGCAGAGUAGUAUCACACUAACAUUAGACUUUUAAUAAAUUGAUUUGGACUCUGGUUGCAUACUAGGCCAAAUUGAAAUUCGUAUAUUUUGGAAUGAUACCAGUAUCAAGUAAAACUCUUCUAUUUUUGUGAGACUUGGGUUCAUCUUUAAUUACUUUUUUCCAUUAAGCCCCUAAACCAGCUUUCAUGCCAAGGUCAGAAUUAGCCAAUGAAAUGUAAAUAAUCUUUGGACAGAAAAUAGCAAUGUAUUUUUUUAAAUAUAAUUUAAUUAUUCACAAAUGAUGAGUACACUUCCUUAGCUGCUUUCUCUUGGAGUAUGUGUAGAGUAUCUGGAUGGCUUGUGUCACUUGUGGCUUUGUUGCACAGUAACAGUUCUCUCGGUGGAGUCAUGCACAGGAAUGUAACAUUUACUGUCUUUCUCAUGUAUAGGUCUGUAGCUCAAUUAUGUUGUUAUACUUAUUACUUGAGUGUUGUAAAUGCAGUUUAUGCUAAAUGAUGUGUUAACCAUAAAUUUGAGUGUGUUUUUGUUUGGGCAGUAUUGAUUAAAUUCUCAAGUAGAUUUGACGAACUCCUAUAUAAAAUGUAUGGUACUUCUGGGAUUGUAUUUAUGAAACUAGAGUUAAUUUCCAUUUCUCUAUCUUAUUUCAGACAUCCACACAGUCCCUUAAAAUAUUAUAUGAAACUCUCCCCCGCCCCCUAAACUGGAGGGUGAGUAGUAGAGCCCUGGGGUGGCCUGGUCUCGUUUGUUUGCUGGUAGAAAGUUUUCUGAUCUCACAGCACAGCCUCACUCCCUCCUCUUGGCAUCUUUAGGAGUUUGCUUUCUAAUCUUCCUAAGCGUAGCUCAACCUCACUGUAAUUGUGCGUGCAGUUUAGCCUUUCAGAGAUAGGAACUGCUACUGCUACUGUUGUAUCUGAAGACAAACAGGAAGGAAAUAGUAAAAUUCUUCUUUAUAGUUCUUAACCCAAUAGGAAAGAAUACAUGGACACUUAGAAAGCUGCCUUCAUGUCUCUGGUGAGGGGUCCAUAUUGACUGGGGAUCUUUUAACUUUGUAAAAGUAGUGCUGUGAGAUUACACAACAGCUACAGAACAGGUCCAUAUAGCCCUCCCCUCCAUAUACCUAGGAGCGCCUAAAUUAUGAUAAAAAUGGAAACACAGUUGCUAGACCCUUUAAAGGUCAUUUGUCUGCCAACCGAUAAGCUUAUUGUUGGGAAGCAUCCGAAGACUGAGCUUAAUACAUACUAGGUUUUAAAUUAUCUUUCUGAAGAAGAAAUAUAAAGUUAUACAUUGAAUCAUUGCAGUCACUUAAUAGUAAUAGCAGAGAAAGAUAAGAGCUAAUGCUUCAUUUGCAAGAAAGAAUUUAUAAUACACACUGCUGUCAGGAAUAUGCUGGAAUCUUCGUGUUUAUGACAUAAAACAUACACAAACUAGAGACUGACAUAUAAUUUUUAAUCAUUAAGCAAAGCUAAACCCUGCUUUUGGUAAUUACUAAGGAUGCUGAUUAUAUCCCAGGACCUGGAUAAGUACAUAUCCUUGGGCUCUAUAUUAAAAAUAAUAGGGGCUGGGGAUUUAGCUCAGUGGUAGAGCGCUUACCUAGGAAGCGCAAGGCCCUGGGUUCGGUCCCCAGCUCCGAAAAAAAGAACCAAAAAAAAAAAAAAAAUAAUAGUUGGGCAAUAGACUGAGCUCCUCAUGCAAUUUACAUAAUUGUGAACCCUUUCAGGUAGUCCUAAUUCUACAUCUUUGGUUUUUGCAUAUAAAUACCUAGAAGUAUGUGAGAAAAAUGCACAUAUUCACAGCACUACUUUGUGAAAAUUCUGGAUUAAAAUAUUUGUUCAUUUCAUCAGUUAAUUGAAGACACUGAAGACUUUUUUUUUAGGGAUGGCAAAAAGAAAACCAUAUGUGUUUAUAGUAAUUUUCUUGUUCCCCCCCAAUUAACCUUAUGUCGUAGGUCCCCAAAUAGUGUCUCUACUUAAUGUCUCUACUACACUCUACUGUACUGAUGACACAAAGAAGCCAAAAACCAUUUGUUCCUCUUAACUAUUACCAGUUCAGUAUGGACUACAAACAAAACCUUAAGAUUUUUUUUCUCGUUUAAUUAAGAAGUCUUGUGAGUUCUUUCUGGCUGUACAGUUAGAUGUUUGCUAGUAGAGUUGUAUCGUCAGGGGGUCGGAGCUGCCAUGCACAGAGUCUGAUUCUUGGCUAUCAUGUGAAAUUGGUAUCAGAUACUGGCAAACUGCAAACCCCAGCACAGAAAGGGGAGUUAAAAUCAGGUUGUGCUGGGUUUGUGUACAAUAAACUGUAUGUACAGAAUAUUUGUAAUAGAUAGCAGGUAAAGCUGCGAUAUAGGACUUACUUGCUUUGAAGAAAGAGAAGAAAGAAACACAAAAACCUCAGUGCAGUAUACAAAUAAACAUUUUGUUCAACUACCUCUUAAAGUGGAAUUAGCUAGUUUAAUAGUUUCCUUAUUGUAAUAUUAAAUAGCAACUGCCAAAUUUAUGUUCCCAUGACUCUUGAAAGGUCUUCAUGAUUAUUUUAUAUAGUUUCGAGGUCUUUAUGGCUACUUUUUUACUCUUGCAUUUGCAUAAGAUGUUUAGCCUUUAAGUAGAAGGCAAAUGACAGCCGUAUAUUUUGAUAUUUGUGACCUGUUUAACUAUAGCAGUUUUUUUUAAUGCACUUUGGCUAUUAAAACCAUGGAUAACUUGAUCUAUAAGAUUUAAAUGUGCCAUCAAUUUAGUACUCCUAAGACAUAAGCUUGAUGAAUGAUCUUCUAGAAUUAUAAUGUGCCACAUUUUUUGUGUCUUAAUUGCCCUUUGCCUGAAUUUCAAUGAUCAAAUUGUUAUUGUUGCACAUGUGAAUACUGUGUAUAAACUUCCUGAAUUCAUGUAAAGUUGUAUGAUAUAGAAUAAAAGCCCACUGUGUUCUUUCUGUAAGUAGUGAUGAACUAACUGUAACAUGGUCCAGCCACCGACAAGUCUAACAUUUUAUGCUUCUCUGAAUUGGAUCCUGUAUCCAUAGCCUCUGUACAUAGUUUCGCAUGAGUAUUUUCUCCUUUAGUUUUGGGUUCAUUAUUUAUAUUGUGUUUACUAUUUGUGAUCAUGUAGUUGUGCCUUAUUUUGUGAAAGUUUAGCUCAGUAAAUACUGUAAUUUCUAAUCCAAGUGAUUAGAAAGUUACCAAUUAUAAAUAAAUAUAACUGAUAAAUUAUAAGACAGCAUUUAAAUCUGUAUAAAGAGCAAUGGAAGGAUCCUUAUUGAAUUGCCACUUCUGUUUUUUUUUAAUAUGUUAAAGAUGAUAUUAAAGAUCAUUUCUUUGUAGUAGAUGUUAUCCAGUGACUGUGAUUGUUUUGCCUGCUUUAAAGAGAACAUGCUAUUAGUUGUUCUUUAAAAAUUCACCAAAUGCUAGGACUUUGCCCUGGGAUACGGCAGUGGCCAUGUUAUAAUUUAUAUACCUUAAGAUAGUAAUUAAACUCCUGAUCCCAAAGGAAUUCAUUAAUGCCAUUUUGGUUGAGAUGUUCUCUUUUCAUCCUUCACACUAAGUUUGUAGAAAAUGAACAAAACUAAAAAGAAAUAUUAAAAAAUAUAAUCAAUCCGUUC